CUCAAUAAUCACAUACAACACUCAAGAUGUUCGCAGCGCGUUCAAUCGUACGUUCAACUCGACGCAUCAGUAUACAAUCCGCAUUACCUCAAUCAUAUCUACGACAAAGCCCGGUUCGCGCCCUCACAACCUCGACGAAGCCUCGCAAUGCCUCGAUAGCACCAGGCCAGACUGUAAAUCACAAUGAUCAUACCGACAAUCAGUCAGUCACCGCCAUGGGGUUGACUACCUCUGGCUUGCGCCUCAAGAUUCGCAAAUACCCGACCUUCUCUUCGCUCGAGGAAGAGCGUAUGUAUCGAAAGCAACAUCUCGCCGCAGCGUACCGCAUCUUCGCAAUGCGUGGCUUUGAUGAGGGUGUCGCUGGUCAUAUAUCCGUACGAGACCCGAUCCUAGAGGAUCAUUUCUGGCUGAAUCCGCUGUCCACGCACUUCUCUCAGAUCAGAGUGUCAGACUUGAUCCUGGUGAAUGAGCAAGGGCAGGUUGUGGAAGGAGAUCAACCAAUCAACGCUGCUGCAUUUGCCAUUCACAGCGCACUGCAUAGGCGGCGACCUGAUGUGCACGCAGCGUGCCAUGCGCACAGCGUGUAUGGUAAAUCUUGGAGUGCUUUUGGGCGAGAGCUCGAUAUGUACACGCAAGAUUCACUGAGGUUCUUUAAGAGUCAUGGUGUCUAUAAGCAGUUCGGUGGUGUGGUUCUGGAAGGCGAUGAAGGCGACAGGAUUGCAGAUGCUCUCGGCGAUGGUAAAGCAGCUAUUUUGCAGAACCAUGGUAUCCUUACAGUAGGACAGAGUGUUGAUGAGGCGGCUUUCUGGUUCUUAAGCCUGGACAAGACAUGUCAGGCGCAGUUGCUUAUCGAUGCUGCAGCCGCUGGUAGUGGGCACAAGCCGAAAACCAUACCUGAGGAGGAAGCUGCCGAGAGCUACAAGCAAGUAGGUACACCAGAAAAAGGGUGGCUUGCGUUUCAAGGGUAUUACGACGAGGUUCUUGCGAGAACGGGAGGUGACUUCCUAAAUUGAAC